GUCUCACACCAACAUCCGGCUAACAUCAAUUCACGGAGAUCAUUAACACUUUGUACAUUUAACGUUACGUUGCGUGAAACUCAAAACCCACCAUAAGAAUCAUUUAUAUAUAUAUACUCAGAUUAGAACUGAGUGGUGUGUUUUCCUUAUUUUUGGGACGUAGUUCAACCAGAGCUUCUUCAGGGAAGUUAGCUCGUAAGCUAACGUGAAUGCUCGGCGAGUGGAAAUGUUCAAAGCAAAAAUACUCUUUAUUGGCCCCAACGAGAGUGGGAAAACAGUUCUUGCUAAUUUUCUCUCGGACACAGUAGAAAAUGUGGAAGGUGAAUACAGACCUACUCGAGGAGUGAGGAUCCUGGAAUUUGAAUCCCAACUUGAAGGAAGUGGCGACAAUGCAAAAUGUGAAGUUGAACUUUGGGACUGCUCAGGAGAUUUUAAAUUUGAAUCAUGCUGGCCUGCAAUGAUAAAGGACUCCAGCGGUGUGGCGAUCAUUUUCAACCCCGAUGUUCCAAGUCACCUCCAAGAAAUCGAGACGUGGUAUUCGAUGUUCAUCUCCUCUCAAGGCUUGCAGGACAAACAGUGUUUGCUCAUGGCUCAUCACAAGCCCGGCAGCACCGUGGAAGACGGACGGCUGCCUUUAGCCUCGCAUUUGGGCCGACUGGCGCUCGUUCACUCCAACCUGGAGGAGGAGCCAGAGGACGCGAGGCAAGCUUUCUGCAGAUACUUGGGAAAUGUCGUAAACACAAUGUCGGAAAGUCGAGAGCGAGAGGAGAUGUCCAUCAUUACAUAGCGGCGGAAUCUGUAAAAUAUGCGCGGAUACAUUCUUGUUGGCAUCUGUAAUCUCUCUUGAAGACACAUUCAUGAGCACUUCCCAUUGUUUAAUUUUGAAUACAUCUUCGCUGUCAUUCAGCUGUGCGGGAAACAGCCGCCUGUUUUUUGUGGUUGUUACUUUUGUGUUUGUCAUUUAUGAAUUAAUAAUAACCCAACUCACUCACUUUGGAAAUAAAUACUCAAGAGAUAACCAAAGUAGA